GAACGUAUUAAGUUUACCAGUGUCGGUCGAGUCAACACAUAAACCUUGCACUUGAACUCGAAGAUUCGUGAGAUCGGAAAAGGCAGGGAACUUCGAAGAAUCUUAAUAUACGUUUUCUAUAUAGCCACAGUAGCCAGACAUUUCUAUACAGAUUACAGAGUUAACGAGUAUCUCGAUAACGGAUGACAGUAAGUGCAUAACAGCCGUUGUGGUUACAUUCGAAAACUUGACUAAAGAUUAUCUUUCCCGCGAUUGAAAAAUAAAUCAACAGAAUCGCGCCUCGUACUCAACACAUAAUCUCCGCUAAAUCUCAAGCGAAUCGAUCGACAAUAUGACGUGAUUGAACUAAUAACUUAGGAGGGAGCGGGAAGGUAGGUUAGAAUAGAAUACACGCAAAUCAAUUAUCGAUCCGGCGAGUGCUGCGCAAAUUUCCGCGUGUACCGAUUUUACGGAAACGUGAAACGUUACCUUGGCAUCAGUGUCACCCUCGACGAUCUUGUUGUGCCAUCCACAGAUCUGUCGAUUGGUCAACUUGUCUUCGGAUAAAAUUGAUCGGUGAAAAAAACACAAGUACGACCGCGAUUUCCGUGGCGUUACCGUUUCACGCGACAGCCUCCCGACGUAGUGUGGUGGCGCUACUAUUUCUCAUAGGCGUAGGAAAAGAGAAUUGAACUUUGUGCAGUCCAUAAAUGGUUUACGCGGCAAUCGUUUUCCUUCGCUUCACAGCUAUCAAGAACGUGAAUUAUCUGAAAUUUCAUAUGGACAAUGGAAAGUAUAAGAGUUAUUUUAUUAAUUUAAUGAUAAAUGAAAAAUUUCUUCAACCAAUGAUUGCACCAUUGACGUUACACCAAUUUAUGUAAAUUACAGUGCGCAUUCGGAGACAGCAUUCGAAUGAGCGCGCGAGACAUUAGCAGAAAACAUUGGGAGCUUGUCACGGAGGAUCGCACGUGGUACAGCAUAAUGUAACCAAAAACUGUGUUUGUAAAAUUAGAUUUUAAUUGAAUUUAUGUUAAAAUAUAUUUGAAAUUGUAAUCUAUGAAUGGUACAUGUAUGUAAACUUACGAAACAAGCUAUUCGCCCUAAAAGAAUGAUGGAAGUCAGCGUAGGAGACAUAGUAAUGCCAGGUGAUAUUGUAAAGGAUAUUGCAACGAUUAACAAAAAAGAAACAAUAGUCUUAGGACCAGGUCUUCGACGAGAAUCUGACACAGUUUUUGCAUAUAAGGCGGGUGUAUUGAGAAAAACAAGUCCAGCCGUGUACUAUGUAGACAGUUAUCAGAAACGGUAUGUGCCAAAUCGUGGAGAAAAUGUAGUGGGUAUAAUCACGCAAAAAGGCGGUGAUAUUUUUAAAGUAGACAUAGGAGCUAGCGAACAAGCAUCGCUUUCGUAUUUGGCAUUCGAAGGUGCCACAAAGAAAAAUCGACCUGAUAUUCAAGUCGGUGACCUAGUUUUUGCAAAACUUCUAAUUGCCAGCAAAGAUAUGGAACCAGAACUUGUAUGCGUAGAUUCUCAUGGCAAAGAAAAGAAAUUAGGUGCUUUAAGUUCUGAUGGUAUGCUGUUCACAUGUUCGUUGAGUCUUAUCAGAAAAAUAUUGAACCAAAGUUCUCCACUAUUUAAUACAUUAGCGCGUAGUCAGGCAUUUGAAGUAGCUGCUGGAAUGAAUGGUAGAGUAUGGGUAAAAGCAAGGACUAUACAAGAAACAAUAGCAGUAGCAAAUGCUAUUUUAGCAGCAGAGUAUGCUACACCCAAUGGCAUAAAAAAGAUAUGUUCUGAUAUUGAAAAGACUUUACUUUUAACGCAACCAGGUAAUGAUGAUACAAUGGAAUAAAGAGUAACAACCAUUUGUUAUGAAUGGUUAUUUAUUGUACCAAUAUUAUUAAUGAGUUUUAUAAAUAAAUCUGUAUGAUUUCUUAUAUGAAAUGUGGCGAUUAUAGUGACAACCAUUAUGACAACCAUUGUGAUAAAAAUGUAGAAUUAGAAAUACAUGUAGUACAUACAAGUAUCAUUAAAUCUGUUGGUCAUGUACACUGCUGUAGGUGUACAAUGAAAAUAUUCAAUAAGUUUCUAUUGACAAAAGUAUACAUUAAUUCCGGUACUACUUGUGUUUCUUAUUCUGAUUUCAGAAUAUUAUUUAAUGAGGAAAACAAAUUGAUAAAAAAAUUGGAAUGAAUAACAGUAUCUUUAUCAAAAUGACAGUAUAAAGUCCUCUUGUAAAGAUUCUGUGAAGCACUGUUCUACAAAUACUUGAAAUGUCAGCAUAAAAGUGAAUAAAAUGAUUUUUUUGAUAUGUAACUGAUGUUAUUUAUCUGUGGUGUGAAAGCUACACUCUAACUAAUGAUAGUAUCAGAUAUUCAAGCACAACCUUGACUUUCUUUAUUUUUUUUCCACAAAAAUAUUUAAACAACUCUUAAAUGAAGCACAUUACACUUUUUUCAUAUUUUUUUGUCUUUCUCAUACAGGAUUUGUACGUGAUGAAAUGUGCAUUGUAUAUAGUUUGUAAAACAAACCGUGAACAUGUCGGAAAAACACUUUUCUAAACGCUAUAGCUAUGUAUAAUAGCUAUAGAAUGAAUUCGUACAAUAGUUUAAAACUAAUAUAACAUUGAUUCAGCAUGAACAAUUCUAUAUGUAUGUGGAGUAUUAUUAGAUAUUAAAUAACAAUAAAGUAAUACAGUAUAUUUAUCAUAAAUAAAAGAAAUUAAUAUAAUCGAGCAUUUCUGUUUAACAAUUUAUACAAAAUAUAGAAACAAAACAAUAAUACGCAAUAGUAUAUACAAAUUUUGCUUUAUACUCAUUUCCGUAUUUUUUUUUAUAAGAUAAACAAUUAGCUUAAUUAAUUGAAGAAACGAUCGAAACAUUUUGGAUUGUAGAUCAUCCGCAAUACUAUAACUCAAUGAAGAAUUAAUACAAAUACGAGUACCAUUAAUUAAUUAAUUAAUUUCCAUUAUAAAUAUCAUUUACUCUCACUUAAUUUAAAGGUACAAAACUAAUAUUAUUACUCUAAUAGACAAUGACAUGACAGAUGUGUAGUUUUUACAAAAAGUAAGUUUUCGAAUCGUGUCAGUAUUUACAACUGCUUCCAUUUGUAAACACGUAUUAUAUAAAAAUCUUAUGUACGAAACUUAAGGAGUAGAAGCUUUUUGUAAAAACCACAUUGCGUCUUUUUUUUCUGGUAUGUCAUAGGCAGGUAAUAUGUAUGUUAAGGACGAUCCAUGGUGCUACUGGCAACCAUUAUACUAUUCUAUGGUCUAGUGCUUUACUUAGUAUAUGUUUCACAUGAGCAAGCUAUGUGAAGUAAAUAUAUUAAUGCGAGACUGUUAACUACAGAUG